AUGGAACCACGAGAAAACAUCAUCUUCACUCAACACAUUGAAACAUCUCAGGGCCAAACACAGACACCGGUCAGCUCAGUAUCAAACACACCUCAUAAUGUCAGCUUAGUAUCAAACACACCUCAUAAUGUCAGCUUAGUAUCAAACACACCUCGUAAUGUCAGCUUAGUAUCAAACACACCUCAUAAUGUCAGCUUAGUAUCAAACACACCUCGUAAUGUCAGCUUAGUAUCAAACACACCUCAUAAUGUCAGCUUAGUAUCAAACACACCUCCAGUCAUCUCAGUAUCAAACACACCUCCAGUCAUCUUAGUAUCAAACAACCCAUCCAGUCAGCUCAGUAUCAAACACACCCCCUCAAGCCAGCUCAGUAUCAAGCACACCUUCUCCAGUCAGCCCAGUAUCAAACACACCCCAUCCAGCCAGCUCAGAACCAAGCACACCUCCAGUCAUCGCAAUAUCAAACACACCUCCAGUCAUCUCAGUAUCAAACACACCAUCUCCGGUCAGCUCAGUAACAAACACAUCUCCAGUCAGUUCAGUAUCAAACACUCCUCCUCCCACCAUCUCUGUAUCAAGCACACCUUCUCCAGUCAACUCAGAAUCAAAAACACCUCCAGUAAGCUCAGAAUAAAACAACAACGCCCAACGAUAGCUCACGACCAAAAACACGACCCACAGUAUUCAGCUCACGCCCAAGUACCUCAUAAGCAUCUCCAAUCGGCUCAAGGCCAAACAGCUAACGGCUCCAGUCAGCUCACGAAUAAACAGCGCUUUCCAAUUAGCGAUACAACUUUGUUACCAGCUUUUGAGGUGCGGGAGGAAAGUGAUGUCGAAGAUGAUGACGAGGACGAUAGAAUCCCCGACGAGCAAAGACUUCUUAACGAGAUCUUCACAAGUAAUCACUAUGACGAGAGUGUACGACCCGUGUUCAAUUCUUCAGAGAACGUCCAGGUCACAUUCGGCUUCACUCUCAUUCAGAUUAUGGAUAUGGAGGAGAAAAAUCAGGUUCUUGUGACAAACGCUUGGCUAGAACACGAAUGGAUGGACGAGAGAAUUAGCUGGAAGCCUGACAAUUUCAGUGGCCUUCGGGUUAUGCGAAUACCAGCCAAGAAGCUAUGGUUACCAGAUAUUGUAUUGUAUAAUAACGCUGACGAUUACACGACCGGUUACAUGCCGAGUAACGCCAUGGUCCACUUUGACGGCAAAGUGUUCUGGUCUCCUCCAGCUCGACUGCGCAGUUCCUGUAAGGUCGACAUUACCUUCUUCCCAUUCGACAGUCAAGAAUGUCGGUUGAAAUUUGGGUCGUGGACAUACGAGAAGGCUCAAGUGGACAUUUUCAACAAAACACCAUUCGUGGACGUUGCCAAUUACAUAAGUAACGGUGAAUGGCAGCUAACAAAGUACAACGUGGAGAGGAAUGAAACGGUUUACACAGGCACUGACAGUGAGAUCUACCCUGACGUUACCAUCGUCCUCGUCAUUCACAGAAGAAUCCUGUAUUACGUGCUAAACAUCAUCUUCCCGUGUGUCUGGCUCAGCAUCCUUAGCUUGCUCAACUUUCUCCUCCCCCCAGACGAGGGGGAGAAAAUAACUCUGGGCAUAACUGUGCUUCUGUCAUACUCCGUCUUCAUGCUGCUUGUGGCCGAAAACAUGCCAUCUACCUCAGAGUUCGUCCCUCUAAUAGGUAUAUACCUAACCUUGUCAAUGGCAGUGACGUGUGCAUCUGUCAUAUUAACCGUUAUGGUACUAAAGCUUUACCACUGCUCACCAAACCAGAGGGAAGUUCCACAAUGGGUAAGGACUCUCGUGCUGAAGGGACUGGCGCGACUCGUACAUUGUCAGUGUCCAAAAUUCAAAACAAAGAAGAAAAGACGAGCUUCAGGGAAAAUAAAGGACGUUAAAUUUAAACAAGAAACCCAGGAUUUGCGUACACGUCUUAUGGCAGAAUCUGGACCGUCUACAGCAGUAAAUGUGAAUACGAUUCCAGAAAUGUUCAUGGCACAUGGGGAAAACCUCACCAACGAGUUCCGGGUUGGGCAAAUGAGUGACUUGACUCGUCAAGACUCAUUUUCUGAGGCGUACACAUGUGAAGCCAGCGCGAGAAAGACGGCCAUUGAAGAUAUUCUGAAUUAUCUAAAACUGCUGGUGGCUAAGAGUGACGCAGAAGAAUUUGAAUGUGAGGUUAUCAACGAAUGGAAGCAAGUUGCACUGGUAGUUGACAGACUGUUGUUUUGGUUCUUCUUAACCGUGACUGUUGCGUCAACCUUACUAAUAUUAGUGAUUAUUCCAACGCUGAAAAACGAUUACGCUGUCGGAUUGUGA